AUGCCUGAUUUGUUUGACAAUUUCUUUGGCAAGAUCAACACCAAGCUCAACGGUGGCAAGACAAACACCCACUACGGUGCCUCCUCCCAGGUGAAUACCGGCAAGUUCUACAGCUACCACACCAACGGAACCAAUAACAACUACUGGCUUCCUCGCAAGGACAUGGGAGGCAAACCCACAGACACAAGUCCUGCCAAGGUGUCUGUGGUUCACGAGGACACAGCCAUCAAGCCCCGGAUGAACAGUAUGGCAUCGAUGUCGUCGGAGUCUGAAGACGGAGGCAGGUCCCGGUUCAAUAGCGUCUCGUCUGAGUCCGAGAAGUGA